AUGGCAAAGCAGCUGAAUCCAAUCUUCUCAAUCGCGGUUCCUUCUCCAGUCACAUCACUCUGCUUUACAGCACCAGCGGGGAAUAGUAAUAAAUCAAGUUCUGAAACGAAAUAUCCAGACAACGCGGAUGACAAUCUCAAUGAUGAAGAAUACGACGACGAGAAGGAUGAAAGCGAGAACGAUAGUAGCGACGGCAGUUCUGAGGGAUUUCAGUUUCGAUCAGCCCAACUGGUCCAACAACGACAGGACGUCAAUGUUGGACGAAUGUACCAUGAUCCUCAGUUAAUGUCUCAGCAAUCACUGACGUCCUGUCACUCGGAUGGAACAUUGCGUCUGUGGGAUCUGAAUCGGCGAAUAGCCGUGGCAGAAAUGCUAUUUGAAGGUGGUCCAGGAUUGAGUGUCCGACGACUUUCUCCCAAAGGAGGUGAAAAUCAGCCCAUAUCACCACUAUUCCUAUAUCAUAGACGAGACCCCAAUGGCACUGUGUCUAUUAUUGAUGCCACACAGGGCAAAGUCGUCCAAGAGUUUCAAUCCCGUUCCCAAAAUUUUUGCGCGGCAUCUCCAUGUUAUGGAGACGACAAUCUACUGGCAGUGCCGUCCACCAAUGAUAGCACUGUGACCGUCAUGGACCGUCGGGAUCAGCGGCCAGCGUAUGUUCUACCCAUUAAGGACAAGGGUAUGUUGAGCAGUCUUGCCAUUGGCAUAGCUGGGGAGAGUCAAAAAACUGUACUGGUAUGUGGUAUGGAAAAUGGAUCAGUCCUGUUCAAUCAACUGUCCUAUGAUCGAUCCCAUCAAAAACAUGAAAUCAAUUUGUCCCAAGAUCCAGUGCUGACGGUGGACAUGACGACGUCUUCCACACCCGCCUCCCAAUUGCAGUCCAAUGAUCACGAUGAUGAUUCCUCCAAGUCCAAGUCAUCCUCUUCCAUAAUUGUCGCUGCUGGAAUGGCUGGAGAUGCUUCCGAAAUUAACGAAUUGCCAGCCGACCAACAAGGGCGAAUCGCUCUGUUGAAGGCCACUCAUCACUUUAUCAAUGACGAUUGGAAUGUCAAGAUUCGAGCCAGAAUGUCCACGUGCCGUGUCAACGAUGAUACUUCGUUUGGCAAACCAGGAGUUUCCAUUUGUCGCUUUCGACCUAUAGAUGGUCGGUUGCUGGCAGUGGGUGGAUGGGAUCACCGGACCCGAAUUUUCGAUCGGUCAACUGGUCGACCCAUGGCCAUUUUGAAAGGCCACGAGGGCAGUAUGAAUAGUUUGGAUUGGGCACCCAAUUCGGUUCACUCUGGACUCCUUGCGAGUGCUGGAGCAGACGACAAUCGAAUCUACAUGUGGAAAUGCUUUUCGAAUGUAAAAUGA